ACCAUCAGUUAUUUUCUAAAAAAAUUUUAAAAAUUAUAUACUUUUUAACCACAAAUGCUCAUCUUGCACUGCUUUGCGAUGCGCCAUGCAUGAGGUAAUCACGUUGGAAAGGUCACAUGUCUGAAUUACCAAUGUAAAGCAUGACUUUGUCAACUCUUGAUUCCUGGUGUUUUAAUUACGAUCAUCUUGGUGCCCCUUGUAUCUGUACUGAGUGUUAGAUGUGCGUAAAUGUGUGUGUCUUCAACUUCUGGUUACGUGUGAGAGUGUCAGUGUGUCCAAGGACUACUACUACUUGUUUUGUCUAGGUAGGUACAUGAUGUGCACAAUGGAAAAAUCCCGAGACGCAAAGAAAGGUCAAAAAGUAAAGUCCAAGAAAUAAGAAAUUAUUUAACUCUGAGAAAAGUUAAACUUUUAUCAGAAAUCUUGGUUUUGAUUAAUGUUGUGUCUGAUAACCAGUUUGUGCAUUAUUUUUAUACAUAAACUGGGUUUUGAUCUUUUUUUUUUUUUUAAAUUAUGAUUUUGCAUUUGUUUUUGGCAUUGGGAAUUGAUAAAAAUUAGUAAUAGGAUUUGUUAUUUAAUUUAAAAGUAACCAGUUUUGCACUCUCAAAAUCAGAGGCUGUUGGAAAGCAUAUUCAGGUUUAGAAAACUGGAAAAGGAAAAUUUACUUUCCUACUAUUUGCUUCCAAUAUUGGCCAGAUCAUUGCAAUAAAAAGGCCUGGUGUUGUGGAGGUCUUUCUUUAGAUUUCCCAUGGGUUUGUUGACCACCUACCCCAUCACAAAGACAAUAGGUGGGCCUUUGUUUGGGUGUCUUCAGUCUUUUCUUCUGUAGUUUGCAUUCCUUCAAUUGCAUUUAAAUGAGCCAUUGUGGGGUCCCUCCAUCACCCACUUCUCCACUCGUUUCCAAGGAAACACCAGCUGCCGUGGUUGGAGGUGAGCGGAGUGGGCCGGCGGAGGAUUGUUUAUCCCUCCCUUGGCUACAACUUUGGCUUCCUUGUGCUUCAUUAUCUCAUUUUUUCCGACGGCCUGGCUUGUGUAACGGAGCAGCUGUAAAGGAAACCUUUAGACCUCAUUGCUCAGCAACUGGUUGAAAGUGGUUCAGUAAGUCCAAGAGCUGGGAAGACGUAGCAAUGGAUAGCGAGAAGGACCCGAGCCACAUGGACACGGUUGUGUGUGAGGAUUUGGGAAGCUAUGCGGUGGACGCCGGGACGAUCCCCGGGAAGGUGAAGAAGGGGAAGACGAAAACUAAACUGGGAAGUAGGAAAGCUUUGAGCUUGGAGGAAAACCAGCUCGAGAUUCAACAGCAGACCAAGAGCCUGAGCCGGCCGGUCCUGCCCAGGUCUCACACUCUGGAUGUGGACAGACCUCUGGAGCGAAGCGAAAGCCUGAACUCUAGAAGUAGUUUCAUAAAGCACAACAAAACAUUCCACAAACUCUUCCCAGAAAUCCCAGAAAGUGAGGACUUGCUACAUGCCUACAUCUGUGCGCUGCAGAAGGAAGUGCCUUAUCACGGCCGUCUGUACAUCACCGACAGCAACCUGUGCUUCUUCUCCUCUGUGCUGCUCAAGGACACCAAGGUGGUCGUUCCCGUCUCCAGCGUGAGCGUCCUGAAGAAGCAGAACACCGCGCUGCUCGUGCCCAACGCCAUCUCUGUCCGGACGGCCGACGGGGAGAAGUAUUUGUUCGUGUCUCUGAGGAACAGAGAAGGGUGUUACAAGCUCCUGCGCUCCAUCUGUCCUCAGCUAGAGGACAGAAGUGCCAACAGCAGCCCUCUCUUCUCCUCGGCCGAGAACAGCUUCGAUCAGCCCAAACUCGUGCAGAACUCGAGUCAGUCGAGUCUGGAUGACUCUUUCGAGGUGGACGGGGGACGAGUUUCUCCUCAGCCGGAGCUUCCUGCCUCCAGACUCACACGAGAGAGCGCUGCUGCUGGAGCGAACCCGAGCACGAGCAGAUCACUGCAGGAGCGAGAGCACAGCUCCACUGAAGAGCACACGGGAAGUUCAUGGGUUUGGAACGUGACGGACAGGGCUCGAUCUCUCCUGAUCCAGAGGGAAGUCAGCAACCUCAACACGCUGCUCCUCGUCUACCUGAUCCUGGUGUUUCUUCUCUUGUUGUCCUCUGGCUAUAUCGGCCUGCGUAUCGUGGCCUUAGAAGAGCAGCUGACGUCUCUCGGAGCCCUUCCCGAAUUCACUUUACAAAGCGGGUACAAAGAAACAUAAGAGUCCAUACAUUUUCAUCUGAACUUUGGAAGAAGCACCAAAAAUCCCGCAGGGAAGGCUGGGAAGGACCUUUAUUUGCACAUUCGCCGGCUACCCAGUCACAAACUCUGCGUCUUUGCCAAGUAAAGAACCAAAGCUGGUGGUUUUGAUGACACCCAGGCGUGUCUGAACUCGCAGUUUGCAUCAGCGACUCGCCCUAAACUACCAAAGACAACCGGUUUGUCUCGAGUGUGAAAAACUACAACAAACUAACUGCAGGUUCUUCCGAGGGAAAGCAUUUCAUCAUUUGUUCACCACUGCAUUUCAUCUGACCACUGUUUUAAAAAAAAUCACCAAUUACUUUGUCCUCCCAAAAUCCUUGUUUUUGAUCGCUUGUAUCCUUUGUCUUGUUGCUCGACGGUUGCAUCUUUCGGCUUCAUUCUUCCUCUAGAUGUCCGUUUUUUUUGUUCGUAGAAGGGGUUUGCGAUAUUAAACCUAACUUUGGUUUAACGAUAAAAAGAAAAAUCAAACUAGCUCACCCUUAGUAUUACUGUAUGUAUGGUCUAUGCACAGAAAAUGCUCACAUCAGGUAUUUAACGCUUUUCUUCUGUUCGUUUCGCCUUUUAUACUUUAAGGAGACAAAGUGGUCCGUGAAACAUUGGUCUCUUUGUAAUCCGAACGAUUUAAAAAAAAAAAAAAAAAAAAAAAAGAUUGUAUUGUAUUGUGACGUUUGAUGCAUCUCAACCAGAUGCUUCGAAUGUUUAAAUUAUGGCAAAAAAAACGAGUGCUCGCAUGUUUGCGCGAACCCAAAAAGAGCAUUUCCGUUCAGGACUCUAAUUACGAUACUUGACGAAAACAACAUGGUCCAAAAUAUGCAUGAUUUGUGUGUGUGUGUGUGUGUGUGUGUGUGUGUGUAAAUAUGUUCAAGAGAUUGCUUGUAAAAGAGGCGCGUAGCUGUUCGAGUGCACUUUAUAGUGUGGAGACGCUCUCCCAUCCUGAAGGGGGCGCUGUAUAUUUGUUCUGGGGUGUUAGACUGUGCUAAGAACCUCUCACUCAGGGCUGGGACUGACUCGCAAUGCAUCGUGGGAGUGCGGUAGAUCCUUCAGGUGCUUGGAAUGAUCGCGCACGGACUCGCCGAUAGUUCCUGAGAACUUCCUGCGCGUUUUCAUAUGAAUGCAUGUUGCUCGUUCAAACCCAUGGAUCUCUCAGGAGCAUUUUUUCCCUGCAGUUUUCCUAUGAAGUGGAGUUUCCCAGUUGGACUGAUCCAUGUAAACAACAGGAAAUGGAUUUUGCACAGCAUUUCAACUUGUCGCCAGGGCGUCGCAACCUCAACGUCCCCUCAGCGACUGUCUAAUAACCACAAUGCAAGAAUCCCAACUUUCAUAACCUGUUUAUAUUGCACUAUUGAAGUGUUGAACUUAAUGUUUUUGUAUCAAUAUGUUGGUAAACAUCUUGUUUGGUCUAUUUAUUGCAUUAUGUGUAAUUCAAAGUAGUCUCUGUGAGACUGGCUUUGGCAUUGUUUGAAUAAAUCAAGUGCUAAGGAAA